AUGGCUUCAACUCGUAUUAUCUCACGUCUUCUUGUACCAACUACUCUUUGUCGUCUAUCAACAAUAGGCAACAUGAGCGGUCCAGUACGUCAUUUGUUCUAUCGAAAUCCAAGAAAUUUACCUGAUGUAUUUCGUGGUACGACAUCAAGUAUCUUUCGAGAUUUAGAAAAAGAAUUUGAACGUAUGCAACAACAAUUUGAUAAUUAUUUUCGAGGUGGUAGUGCCAAUGAUAAUCAAUCACUAGUCAAUUAUUCAUUUGGUGCAAAUGAAAAUGAUAUGAUUGUUACUGAAUCCGAUGGUUCUAGAAAAUUUCAUCUUGCAUUUAAUAUGCGUGGUUUUGAACCUGAAGAAGUGAAAAUUAAAACACAAAAGGGUUCAUUGAUUGUUUCAGCAAAGAAAGAAAAAAAGGCUGGUAAUAGUUAUUCACUUCAUGAAUUUAAUCAAACUUAUACAUUACCAGAAGAACUUAAACUUGAAGAUUUAAAAUCAACAUUUGCAGAAAAUGGUAUUCUUACAAUCGAAGCACCAUUACCUAAAGUCGAACCAAAAGAUCGACAGAUUCAAAUUGAACAUUCAAAAUAA